AGAAAUCUGAGAACUGGGCGGCACUGCCGCGUCAGCGUUCCGGCCUCCGACGCCACGACGACAGAUGUGCAAGAUGUCCCAGCGAUCUACGUUUUACUUUUGUUUGAUUUUAACUCUGCAAACGCUCAAUCUCUUCAUCGUAUUAAUUCGUGCAAAUGAAUCAAAUGUUAAAAUUGAGGUUACGUUUCUGCCUGAAAACUGCAGCCAGAAAUCCAAGAGAGGAGACAUGCUGAAUGCCCAUUAUGAUGGAUAUCUAGUUAAAGACGGAUCUCAGUUCUAUUGCAGUCGUUCGACAAACACGGGUCACCCACACUGGUUUGUGUUAGGCGUUGGAGAAGUUAUCAAGGGGCUGGAUUUAGGGCUGAAAGACAUGUGUCCCGGUGAGAAGAGAAAAGUUACAAUUCCUCCUCCUCUGGCAUAUGGCGAGAAAGGAAAAGGUCCUGUACCACCAAAUGCAACAGUGAUCUUUGAGGUGGAGCUUUUGUUCAUAACCAGAGGACCUCGCAGCAUAGAAGCCUUCAAAGAAAUUGAUGCUGACGACGACAAGGCUCUGACAAAAGAUGAGAUUAAAGAAUACUUGAAAAUGGAAGCACAGAAGUUAAAUUCGCAGAAAGAUGAAUCCUAUUUUGACGAUGUUGUGGCAGAUGUGUUCCAAAAGAAUGAUCACAAUGCUGAUGGGACCUUAUCACUCACGGAGUACAAUGUUUAUGGGCAUGAUGAGCUGUAAACGCUACUAGACAGCUCAUGCAGUCAUGCACUGGACAUUCUUUACAAGAUACUCUUCACAUUGUGAUCAAGGAUUUUUCUUUGAUAAACACCACUACAUUUUAAAUAAAGUUGACUGAAAUACUAACUUGCA